CAAAGUCUUUACAGUUUUCGAACACAUUCCGCAAGAACCACAACUUAUCGGAGUAAAAUGAAAUAUCUUUGGGCCAUUGUUCUCUUGUGUGCUCUAAGUGCCGCUCUUGUGGUUGCUGAUGAUAAAUCACAGCCGCCACCACCACAGAUCAAGGACCCCCAAGUUCGUGUCGAUGUGGGAGGCUCUCCCAAGGAUGGUUACUAUGUAAAUGCCGAUGUCCGUAAAAAUAUUUGGACCAGCGACAAUGGCCGACAUUCGUUUGAUGCCACAGCAGGUUAUGGCCAGCAUUUGGGUGGACCUUAUGGCAAUAGCCGUCCUGAUUACCGUGGUGGUGGCAUUUACACCUACAGAUGGUAAACGUGAUUUUUAAGGCAAUCUAAAUUGUGCAUUAUUUUCAAUAAUAUAGAAAUAAAGAUUAUAAUUUAGACAUUUA